UCUGUUAAGUCACUUGCGGGUGACAAUAUUGGACAAAUAGAAAACACCAACGGAGCUCCAGGCAGUGACGGCGUGAAUCAACCUCCAGGCAGUCAGAGUGAGACACGGAUGUUCCCGAUCUCUGUUUUUCUCUAAAAGGAGAGAAUUUCGUCCGGGCAACAGCAGAAGCCGACAAAGGUACUGGGAAGAGAAGCGGUAGGAGACCUGUGCUCUUGAGCAGGGGUGUGUGUCUAGUGACAACAGGGAAAAGGAAGACCCUUGAUCCGGGCCACUUUCCUGGAACUGCCCUCCGUUAGGACCUGAUGCUGAGCUCAGACAACCCUUGAGCCCAAGGCGGUUCUGGGUGCGAGGAUUUGGCUCAGCAUCCUCUUUCCAGGUGUUGUCUUCAGUGGCUUCUUAGAAAGCUCCUUGGACCCCUUGGGUACCACACCCGGAGCGAGAGGUGCCUCUCGGAUAGUUGGUCCGCAGAACAUGACCCAGAGGCACCUGCGCGCGCAGGUGGCUUCUGCAACCACAGCCGCCACCAUGAGUAAGGCUGCUGCGGGUGAUGAGCUUUCAGAAUUCUUCAGCCUCACCCCAGACUUGCUGGAGGUUGCCAACACGAGCAAUAACGCGUCGCCGCAGCUUCCCGACUUGUGGUGGGAGCUGGGGCUGGAGUUGCCUGAUGGUGCAGCGCCCGGGCAUCCCCCGGGCAGCGGCGGGGCAGAGAGCGCAGACACUGAGGCCCGGGUACGGAUUCUCAUCAGUGCGGUUUACUGGGUAGUUUGUGCCCUGGGACUGGCCGGCAACCUGCUGGUUCUCUACCUGAUGAAGAGCAAGCAGGGCUGGCGCAAAUCUUCCAUCAACCUCUUCGUCACUAACCUGGCGCUCACUGACUUUCAAUUCGUACUCACUUUGCCCUUCUGGGCAGUGGAGAACGCUCUAGACUUCAAGUGGCCCUUCGGCAAGGCCAUGUGUAAGAUAGUGUCCAUGGUGACGUCCAUGAACAUGUACGCUAGCGUCUUCUUUCUCACUGCUAUGAGCGUGGCGCGCUACCACUCUGUGGCCUCCGCUCUGAAGAGCCAUCGGACCCGAGGGCUUGGCCGUGGCGACUGCUGCGGCCAGAGCUUAAGGGACAGUUGCUGUUUCUCAGCCAAGGUAUUGUGUGGAUUGAUAUGGGCUUCUGCCAUGUUAGCCUCGCUGCCCAAUGUCAUCUUUUCUACCACCAUCAGGGUGAUGGGCGAGGAGCUGUGCCUCAUGCAUUUCCCCGACAAGCUGCUAGGCUGGGACAGGCAGUUCUGGCUGGGUUUGUACCACCUGCAGAAGGUGUUGCUGGGCUUCCUGCUACCGCUGAGUAUCAUCAGUCUGUGUUACCUGUUGCUAGUGCGCUUCAUCUCGGACCGCCGCGUAGUGGGGACGACGGAUGCAGCCGGAGUCGCAGCGGCUGGGGGAGGCCUGAGUGCAGCCAGCGCUCGGAGGCGGUCCAAGGUCACCAAGUCAGUGACCAUCGUAGUCCUGUCCUUUUUCCUGUGUUGGCUGCCCAACCAGGCGCUCACCACCUGGAGUAUCCUCAUCAAGUUCAACGCGGUGCCCUUCAGCCAGGAGUACUUUCUGUGCCAGGUGUACGCGUUCCCAGUCAGCGUGUGCCUAGCACACUCUAACAGCUGCCUCAACCCGAUCCUCUACUGCUUAGUGCGCCGCGAGUUCCGAAAGGCGCUCAAGAACCUGCUGUGGCGCAUCGCGUCGCCUUCGCUCACCAGCAUGCGCCCCUUCACCGCCACCACCAAGCCAGAGCCGGAGGACCACGGGCUGCAGGCCCUGGCGCCGCUUAACGCCGCUGCAGAACCUGACCUGCUCUACUAUCCACCCGGUGUAGUGGUCUACAGUGGGGGACGCUACGACCUGCUGCCUAGCAGUUCGGCCUACUGAGACCUGCCAAGGCUCAAGAGGGCCUUCCACCGACAAGGAGAGGGGAGAGCAGUUUGGGGGCUGGAAGAGCGGGAUUGAAGAAAAAAAGUAGGAAAGGAAUGUUGCUGGAAAGGGCAGACUGUGAAAAGGCCAAAGGACAUUCUCAGCAGAAAUCAGGUUAAGGGAGAAACAUCCUCACCUGGUAGAGCCAGCAGCCUCGGCUCAGGCUCCCCACUCCCCUAUCCCUUACUCCAGCUCCCACUCCCCUACCCGGCCUGUUGAUCGCUGUGGGACACCUAGGAGCCAUGGGAAGUGGAAACAGCACUGGGAAGCAGAAAGACUGGGUUGCUCAGGAGCUGGGCUUAGCUAAAUUAUGUCCAGACCAGGGAUCAUUUGGCCCAGAGACUUUUAUGGAGAACUUUAUGGGGCCUCAAAGCAAAAUUCCACAGGGUAAGUUGCCCACAAAGCCCGCCUAAAUGCCCUUUGAUCUGCUAGACUGUCCCAAGCAAAGAUCUAACUUGUCGUGACUCUCUGGAAAACGGAAAAUGAGAACUAGAAUCUUUUAUCCUUUAUCAUCCUGGACAGGACUAACAUGCACAAGCUGACCCUCAUCUCUCUGCUGUGCCUCUGAGCACAAAUGUCACCCAUGCCACUGGGAGUCUCUAGGAAGGGGUACAAGAGAGAGUGCUGUGGUUAGAAGGAAUGAUAUAGAAAAGCUUUUUCAUGAUGCAGCCCCUAAAAAAGGGGGGGGACUAGAUACAGAGUGGGAAGUGUAGUGUCUCCUUUGAAAGCCUGGGUACCCAGAAUCUGUUGAGGACAGUAUGGAUACCUGGCGCUUUGGUCUAUUGCUGCAGGUGAGGCAGCAUGCACCCUGAACGCUCUUCUGAGAGUAGGGGUGCUUUAGCAACCCCCCACACUCUUUGGGAAUGGACUGACAGAUGAGAAACUACCUAAGUAGCAGAGAGAGGGAUGGCUCGGUGCUGUUUGGGACUUAGAAGAGCAGGAAAUGUUGUCCUCUAGAAAUUGGGGUUUGAUCUUUCCAAGGGGGAGGGAGGAUUCAAGUAAAAUCUAUCCUAAAGAGAAAAAAGGGACCGUUCCCAACAGCCAAAUAUAUGAGUGAAGCUAUGUAGUUGACAGAAGGAAAGACUUGGAAUUUGAGUAGAAGACUGGCGAACCAAGUUCCAGGUACUCUUGUGUGUUUUGUUCAUUGUGCAUGCAGGCCAGCCAGAGGGCUGUCUCGAAGGAGUGAGUAGACUCCUCAGUACUAGUCACAGGGUAAGAGACUGCUCUGAGAACUGAGAUCAACCCCUUCCUCAACCAGGGUCAAUAGAGAGGCUCCUUUUCUAUUUGCCUUGGUCUGGGGUUAAGGGAUCAGUAGAGCAGGCACCUCACACUGUGGUGUGGUCACUUUCUGAAGUCUCACCAGAAAACCACAGCUGCUUAAAUGGCCUCCUGAAUGAUAAGACUGCUUGGUAAUUUUGUCAACAUUGUACUCUUAUAUGUGAGACUUAAA